CGAACGUGCAGAACAUUCGAUCGUACGGCGGUUCCCAACGGACGGAUCAUUCUCUAUUUCACGCGGUACCGUAGCCGUCGUCGUCGUCCUCGUUGUCGUAUUUACUAUCCAAGAGCGAUCCGAAAGGCAGAAAGUGCUGACUGUUCCUUUUUAAACUUUUACUUGGUGAAAAGUUUUCGACAGGAUAUAUCGCGCUGAGUAGACUGGAAACAAGUAACGUUGUUAACAAAAAAUCAAUCAAUAUGAGUGAUUAAACCCAAACCAGAUUUUACUGUGCAACCGUGAAAGUGGCGCAACGAAUUCCAGUUUUCGGUUGAAAUAUGGCCAUAUCCACAGGCCCCAAGCUAGUGGGCCUGAGGAGUGACAGCUCCGUGCGACUGAGCCGGAAGCUAUCCUUGCCGGGUGUAUCCUGCCUGGUGGUGAUUGUGUUUUAUGUGCUACAAUUCAUCGAUCUAACCGGAGCCGUGGUUUGUGACCGGUCGGUAUGUGAUUGCAAAGGACUGAAGGGAGCGCCUGGUCAGAACGGGGUAUAUGGCGUUCCAGGCGCAGCAGGUCUUCCUGGUGAAAUAGGUUUCGACGGCCCACCGGGGUACCCAGGUGAACCCGGCUCUAGAGGAGAGGUUGGCGCCAUGGGCGAGAAAGGAUACAGAGGUGACACCGGUGAACGGGGUGCAGUAGGAUAUCCAGGAAUUCCAGGUUUGCCGGGAGAUGACGGGCCACGUGGUCCCCGAGGUAUUGAUGGAUGCAACGGAACAGACGGUGCAAUGGGUAUUCCCGGUAACCCAGGUUGGCCUGGAGAUCGAGGACAACCAGGCCUUCAAGGGCCACUUGGGUACCGUGGUGAUUCAGGAGAGGGAGGUAUUAAUUCAAAAGGAACAAAGGGUGCCAUGGGCGAGCCGGGCCUGCCUGGAGCACCGGGUGCUCCAGGAUUCAAAGGAAAUCGAGGGCUUCCAGGUCUUGAAGGUCCAACUGGUUCCGACGGCUUCGAAGGUGCCAAAGGACAGAUAGGUGACCAAGGAGAACCUUAUGAUGACGACUGCCCAGGAGAACCGGGUGAACCAGGGGAACCCAAUUAUUACUUCACCGGGAAAAACUCUACCGUUAAUAAAGGACUUAAAGGCCAGAAAGGAGAUCGUGGAACGGAUGGUAUACCGGGAUUCCACGGCAAAAGAGGAGAUACUGGACUGUAUGGAGAGCGUGGAGAAAAAGGUUUUAAAGGAGAAGAAGGAAACGAAGGAGAUCGUGGAAAACAAGGAAAAGAUGGUCCUCUUGGUCCUAAUGGCGAAAAAGGAGAAAAGGGUGCUCCAGGUUUCGCUGGUAGAGAUGGCGAAUUAGGUGAUAAGGGAGAACCGGGAGAUCACGGUAUUUCUGGUGUUCCCGGUAUUCAAGGUAUUCGAGGACCUCCUGGUCUCUAUGAUCCAAAUUUGGCACCAAUUAUUAUUGGACCAGUGGGACCACAAGGUGAUGUUGGACCACCAGGCAAUCAAGGUCUCGGAGGAAUUCCCGGAAGCCCAGGAAGGAGAGGAUCGAUGGGUUCACAGGGUCCUCCUGGAGACCCUGGAUUCGAUGGUUUAAUGGGUAGAAAAGGGACUACAAUUGGUGGACAACGUGGUGACGACGGUGAAAGUGGCCCACGAGGUCCUCUCGGAACACGCGGUAUUCAAGGUACAGCUGGUUUGAAAGGCCUCAAAGGGUACGCGGGAAGGAACAUUACAGGGAACAAAGGAGAACCCGGAUUACCCGGUAUGAAUGGAGAAUACGGAGAAAAGGGUAAUCAAGGAGAAAUCGGUGAAAUUGGCGACAAAGGACAACCAGGAAUUGGUUAUAACAUAACUGGUCCAAUGGGCCCAGAUGGUAUACCUGGACUUCCAGGACCUGCUGGUGACAUGGGAUGGAACGCACACAGCGGUUCGAAAGGUGAGAAAGGAUUUAGGGGCGAGGACUGCGGAGUUUGUGCACCAGGUCCGAUGGGAAUUAAAGGAGAUGCUGGUGAUAUAGGCCGCCCAGGUAUGCACGGGCUUGAUGGAAGUCGAGGUCUGCCAGGUCCAAGAGGUUUGAAAGGUUUAUCUGGUAAACCAGGAAUGAAAGGAAUUCAAGGAUUACAAGGUAUUCCGGGAGAAAAUGGUGAAUCAGGUCGCCCAGGUGAAAAGGGAGCGAAAGGAUUUGUAAUAGUCCAAGGUAGUCAAGUUAGUAGUCCUGGUGACAAGGGUGAUAUAGGUUACCGAGGCCCCCAAGGCCAACAGGGGGAUCAUGGGUUUAUGGGAGCACCUGGUGAAGUUGGAAACUUAGGUGAGCCUGGGCCCGUCGGGGACGAUGGAAAUCCUGGAUAUAGAGGCCGAGAUGGUGAACCAGGUUUACCUGGUCGAGACGGAGCACAUGGUCGAAAUGCAGUCUAUAAUUCCUACACAAUGUGGUCGUUGGGAGGAACUCCAGGAGCUCCUGGCGAGAAUGGAACAAAAGGUGAACGAGGCGAUCAAGGUGAUCGCGGUGAACCGGGUGCUAUUGCGGAAAUGGACUAUAAGAUUAUUGGUGACCGAGGGCCCCGAGGAGAAUUCGGAGAUGAGGGACCACGUGGAGAGAAAGGGUAUCAAGGAGAAGUAGGUGACGAAGGAUUUAAAGGUCCAGACGGAGCGCCUGGACCACCUGGUUACAGCAUCGAAGGACCCGUCGGAUAUAAAGGAUACUUCGGAAUGAUUGGUGAUCAUGGAUUACAAGGAGAGGACGGUUUUUCUGGGACACCUGGAAUUGAUGGACCGCCUGGUUUGCCAGGUUUAAAAGGUUCACGCGGUGAUCCCGGUAGAGCAAUCCUUUUUGGUGAAAUGGGUGAAGAAGGUGAGGCUGGAUAUUUCGGAGAAUUUGGAGACAAAGGAUUCAAAGGUCCAGAGGGCUAUCGAGGACAACCAGGUCUUGUUGGUACGAAAGGUGAAAAAGGAGAUGAUGGUUUAAUGGGAAGAACUGGCCUUCCUGGUAAUAAAGGUAUGACCGGAGAUAUAGUUUAUGGUUUACGAGGCGCACCCGGUGCCCCAGGUAGAUCUGGUAUUACUGCUCCGUACGGUGAUAAAGGUGAACGUGGAGAACCUGGCAUUGAAGGACCACAAGGUCCAAAAGGAGAAAUCGGCGAUACUGGUCGCGAUGGUUUUCCUGGACUUCCUGGAGAUGAUGGCGAGCCUGGUGAACCUGGUCAACAAGGUAGCCAUGGAUACAUGGGUGAAGAAGGUUUCCAAGGGGAACGUGGAGAGAUUGGAGACCAAGGUAAUAUUGGCCUAACAGGUCGUCGUGGAUAUGCCGGAUUAAGAGGCGAGAAAGGUGAAAUCGGAGAUGUAGGAGACUUCGGGUAUCCCGGAAGAAUAGGUUGGAAUGGAACAAAGGGAGAACGAGGUGAUGUUGGGUUCCCUGGCAUCCCUGGCAUGAAAGGAUCAGCUUCAUUCAGUGGCCAUAAAGGAGAGGUAGGCGUAUACGGUAUGCGAGGACCUCCUGGAUUGGAUGGUGCAGUUGGAUUAAAUGGUUUAAAAGGACCAGAAGGUGAUGCUGGUACGGUGAUUGAUGGCUACCCAGGACUGAAAGGUCCGAAAGGUAUUCCAGGAUUUAACGGGCUUCCUGGACGACCCGGUUUCAAAGGCGAACGUGGUGAUGAAGGAACAGUUGGAUCCAAAGGUAUUCAAGGUGACAAAGGCAGAGACGGUUUUCCAGGGAUUCCUGGUCGUCGGGGUAAAGUCGGCACUAGAGGAUUAACGGGACUUCGUGGAUUGCCUGGUAGUAAAGGUGAGCAAGGUGAACAAGGGGAAGAAGGUUUUUAUGGAGUCACAGGAGAAAAAGGCGAACGAGGAGAUAUCGGACGAAUUGGAUUACCUGGUCAUCAAGGUAUACCAGGAGACAAAGGAUUCCCUGGAUUACCAGGAGAAGUAAUAUUUAGACCACCACAAAAGGGAGACUGGGGAGAGCCAGGUUUGCCAGGUCUGGAAGGAAUGCCUGGAUUCCCUGGUUUAAAAGGACGUCAAGGAUAUCCAGGAGAAAAGGGAGAUCCAGGUCUAAGAGGAGAGCCUGGUUUUUCCGGGCGAAAUGGUUUGGAUGGAUUGAAGGGUCAGCAAGGAGAACCAGGCUUCAAAGGUCUACGUGGUACGCUUGUUACUCGUCCAGAACCCGGUGAUCAAGGAGAACCUGGUUAUGAUGGAUUCCCAGGCCGUCCAGGAGUACCUGGAAAUAAAGGAGCUCCGGGGGAUUAUGGUGACGAUGGUCUGCCUGGUCCUCGUGGAAUGGUGGGAAUGGUGAGUGGGGCGUUCAAGGGAAUUAAAGGUGAAAUUGGAUUCGAAGGUGCCCCCGGCUUAGAUGGAUUACCUGGACUCCCUGGACUUCCAGGUCCUGUAGGAUCAUUUGGCGAUAAAGGAUUACCUGGUAGUAUUGGUUUCUCGAUAAGAGGCAUCAAAGGAGAAGUUGGAAUGGAUGGAUUAAUGGGUUUGGAUGGUAUGCCAGGACCGCCUGGCUUUCCAGGCGACGUGGGACCUGUUGGUCGGCCUGGACCCCGAGGUUUUACAGGAUUAAAAGGCGAAAUUGGUGAAGUAGGUGAGGAGGGUUAUUUCGGACGUCUUGGAUUGAAAGGAGUUAAGGGUGAACGGGGUGAUCCCAUUCAAGUAGACAAUUGGAGGCCAAACCAACCUGGCGAACGUGGUGUACCAGGUAAUAAAGGAGCUGCAGGUGAUGACGGUGAUAUGGGAUUACCAGGCUAUCCAGGUCUAGCUGGGAUUAAGGGUGAGAGAGGAUUGCAGGGGCUUGCAGGGGAAGAAGGCCAAAUGGGCUUCAAAGGUGAAAUAGGAUUCCAAGGGGCUCCUGGGCGCGAUGGACUCGAUGGGUAUCCAGGACUGCAAGGAGCAGUUGGUGAUCCAGCGCCUCCACCACCACCUGCUAAAAGUCGCGGCUACAUCUUUACGAAGCAUUCACAGAAUGUGCUCAUUCCACAAUGUCCCUUAAAUACGGUUAAACUAUGGGAUGGAUAUUCACUGGUGAGUGUUAUUGGAAGUAGUAGAACGGUUGGGCAGGAUUUGGGAAGUGCCGGCUCAUGUCUUCGGAAAUUCAGCACCAUGCCGUAUUUAUUCUGCGACAUAAAUAAUGUGUGUAAUUACGCCGCCAACAACGACGAUAGCAUUUGGUUGGCAUCUCCCGAGCCAAUGCCAAUGUCUAUGACACCGAUGAAGGCUCGUGAGGUAGAGAAAUACAUUUCCAGAUGCUCCGUAUGUGAAACAUCUACGCGCGUCAUAGCCAUCCAUAGUCAGACAAUGGACAUUCCAGACUGUCCGGGAGGAUGGGAAGAGCUAUGGAUCGGAUACAGUUAUGUGAUGCAUACAACGGAUAACAGUGGCGGGUUUGGGAUGGAUCUGAUAUCGCCGGGAUCAUGCCUGGAAGAGUUCCGUGCCCAGCCGGUCAUCGAAUGCCACGGCCACGGUACAUGCAACUUUUACGAUGGUAUCACGUCAUUCUGGUUGACUAUCAUCGAGGAUGGUGAAGAAUUCUACCAACCCAAGCAGCAGACGCUAAAAGCAGAUCAAACUAGCAAAAUUAGCAGAUGUAUAGUCUGUCGUCGCAAAGCUGGAUUCUUGCGAGCCCUUUCGGACGGUGCUGUCAGUGCUUCAGCACUUCGACGACCAAAUAUUGCAACGGUACAGAAACCUUAUUAUCCGCCACCGCCACCGCAACCACCUCGAAGACGACAUCGAUUUGGCGGACGGUCACGAAACCGCCAAUAAAAAAAUAUAGUUGAAACGAUAAGUGUGAUGCUUUAUUCUUCGCAUGAUUGUGUCUAAAUGUGCUGCCAACAUAUUCAGUUCGAUUUCGUGGAAACAACAUGAAGUUUGUUUUUCGUGCAAUUCUUGUUUUGGAACCUGCCAGUUUAAUUCCAUAUGUUCAAUUAAAGUAAACAGUACGAUCGAAGAAUAGUCUCUAAGAAAAUGUUAUGCCAAAAAAAACGAGGGAAAAUAGUACGUUUUCAAAGUAUGUAAUAAUGUUUACGCAAGCCUAAACUAUUAAUAUGUAAAGAUACUGUAAAUUCUGUUUUUUUUUAUUACUGCCGAAAAUGUAAUUUAAUGUAAAACCCCGGUUUGGAUCGUGCUUGCCUUCUACUUAUUAUAGUAGUACUCGUUUUAAAGCUAGUUACUAAAAUUGUAAGUGUAAAGAAAUUCAAAUGAAGUUUAAAAUAAAUAGUUUCUAUAGUAA